CGCCGGUUGGCGGGCAGCAUGAUGUGCAACGCAACGGAGGACUGAGGGACGGGAGGGGAGUUACACACUUAAUGCCUCCCAGUCACACACCCUUCCCAGCUUCCCGUCCUUGCUUUACAUAUAUGUACCGCGGCAUGCUUACUGCCGCCUGCAUGCUUGACGUCCUCCUCGAUGUUUUUUUCUCUUCUUUUUUUUUUCCAAAGGUUUUUGUGUUGAUUUGUGUUUUGACCUCUUCUCUCGAUUCUCGGUAUAUCGUCACUUGAUGCCACUGUCACACCCUCAAACGCCCUUAUGAACUUCCUCCCGUGAUACCUUCGGAAAGCCCUUUCUGGCACGGUACCGACUCUCAGUCACACUUACUUUACACGGGUACCGAUUACACCGACCCCAAAAGCAGCCAUCUGACAGCCCUUUUUGUUUUCCCUGACAGCUGCGCCUCGUGUCGAGUACCGAGUCCUGUUGGUGUUCGGGUCGGCUGUCGGCUUCAAGCUACGCCAACAAAUAUCCUGGGAGGAGUCAUACCUCACCUAUCAGGGUGCGCACGUGGGACUAGACACUGCCGUCAUACCGGUCAGCCCUUCCCUUUUUAUGCGCCCCUUUGCCGUCAGGUAGCCUCUUGCCCAACACAACCUCGACAUCCAAGACACCAAACUCUUACGACGGUGACUUGCCGGCUUCCAGGCCGAGGGCGUCGUUGCGACCAACGGAGAACGCGGCGGUGAUCAGUGUUUGUCUGGUUCAGGCUUUGUAACCAUACCUUAGCAACCUGUCAGUCACCCUUGCAAGUUUGGUCUUUGGAGUUUUGACUUUGUUGCUUCCUGUUUUGCGCUUUCUCGGUGGCCGGCGCUGUUUCUUGGUUCAGCCCAACUGCGACAUCACCCAUCUCAUUUGACGCCGACCUCUGGGAAAGUUUCGCCAUCCCCCACGCAACGUCACCACAUUCCUGGCUACAGUUUCCACCCUGGACUUGUCCUGCAUUGUUUCUCGUUGCUUCAAGACAACAAGUCUCUAAUGGCGGGGAGAAAACACGCGCCUCGGAUGCGCGAGCUUCGCGAUGGCCAAAACGACAGCAACCAGAACAGCCAGAACGACUCGGAUGGUCUACUCUCGGCAGAACCUUCGCAACAGUCAUAUCUCUCGGUUCCAAGCUCACCCUCAAGCUAUCGCCGCACACGAGCCAACAUGAACCAAGCUGGCGGUGCCCCUGAUGAGCGCACUUCUCUACUAGGAGCAACCCGUGCUUCGCGCAUCCGCAUAGCCAGCGCUCAUGGCACGCCCAGGGCUCCCAACCUUUCAAGAAAUCAAAGUUAUGGCGCAGGAGAAGGGACAGACACGGUACGAAGCAACCCACCGACUCGACACCAUAGCCGCGCAAACUCCUGGGGCCAGCGCCUGAUACGCGCCCUUGCCGACCGCCAGGAGGAACCCGUCUCCGAACCCAAAGGGUCCGUCUUCCCUGACGACCGCGUCUGGUAUGACCAAUUUACCUCGACCGACUGGGUUCACGAUAGCAUCGCCGACGCUCACCGUGUCAAGGCUCUCCGCAGCCGGAAGGACUUCUGGGGCCGUGUCUAUAUUCUGUUCGACGGUGCUCAGGGGUGGAUACUCAGCGCUCUGGUCGGCUUUAUUAUUGCUGUUCUUGCCUACAUCGUCGAUGUCACGGAAUCGACAUUCUUCGACUUCAAGGAUGGCUAUUGUGCAAGGGGCUGGCUGAUCAGUGAGAAGAGAUGCUGUCCACAUGGCCCUUGCACCGACUGGCGGGACUGGGGUGAGGUCAUGCAUGGAUGGCCGUUCGGAGAGCGCUGGACCGAGUUUGUCAUCUACCUCGGCUUGGUGAUUACUCUGGCCAGCGUAUCUUGCUUGCUCACCCUGACUACCAAGACCGUCGUCCCCUCGGCAUACCGGUUGUCGACACUGGAUGAGAACCUGGCUGCUGCUCCAGUGUCGCCUGGAGGCAAUGGGGAUGAUGGGGGCGACAGCCCCAAUGGCAACGGUACUCCCAGCCGACGGGCAUCCGUCGCCCCGCCCGCUGCUGCCCCUUCCAUGAUCUACUACUCGGCUGCUGGAAGCGGUGUUGCCGAGGUUCGCGUAAUCCUUAGUGGCUUCGUCCUCCACGGAUUCCUGGGUCUCAAAACCCUCAUCAUCAAGACUGUUGGCCUUGUUCUGAGCGUUGCGUCUGGUCUGAGUUUGGGCAAGGAAGGCCCGUAUGUCCACAUUGCGACCUGCGUCGGCAACAUUGCCUGCCGUCUUUUCAGCAAGUAUGAUCGCAACGAUGCCAAGCGCCGUGAGGUUCUCUCUGCCGCUGCCGCCGCUGGUGUGGCUGUUGCUUUUGGCGCCCCCUUGGGUGGUGUGCUCUUUGGACUGGAAGAGGUAGCCUACUUCUUCCCUGCCAAAACACUCUUCAGGACCUUCUUCUGCUGCAUCACGGCGGCCUUGACGCUCAAAUUCCUCAAUCCAUAUGGAACCCACAAGAUCGUCAUGUUUCAGGUGCGCUAUCUGAUCGACUGGGAGUACUUUGAGCUGGUUAGUUUCAUCCUGGUCGGAGUUCUCGGUGGCGCGGCCGGUGCCCUCUUCAUCAAGGCCUCUCGCAAGUGGGCGGUGACGUUUCGCAGAAUUCCUAUCAUCAAGAAGCAUCCUCUUCUGGAAGUUGUCCUGGUCGCCCUUGUUACCGGCCUGAUCGGCUACUGGAACGGUCUUACCAAGUUGCCUGUUGCCAAGCUACUAUAUAACCUCGCGGCUCCAUGCGAUGACCGGGACAACAACCUGGAAGAUCUCGGUCUUUGUCCCGAUUCCAAGGCCGAUAUACCGCCCAUCCUCUGGCACUUGCUCUGGGCUUUCCUCAUCAAGGGUCUCCUAACCAUCAUCACCUUCGGCAUCAAAGUUCCCGCGGGCAUCUAUGUCCCGUCCAUGGUAGUCGGCGGUCUCAUGGGCCGGCUCAUUGGGCACAUGGUGCAAUGGCUCGUCCUCGCCUUCCCCGAUACGGCCAUGUUCAGCAGCUGCAACAAAGUCUCUUCCGUCUCGUGCAUCCAACCCGGCGUCUACGGCCUGAUUGCCGCCGGCUCCACCAUGUGCGGCGUGACCCGCCUGUCCGUCACGCUGGCCGUCAUCCUGUUCGAGCUAACCGGUAGUUUGGAUUAUGUGCUCCCUUUUAGUUUGGCCAUCCUGGUGGCCAAGUGGACGGCCGACGCGAUCGAGCCGCUCAGCAUUUAUGACUUACUAACGGAAAUGAACUCAUACCCGUUCCUCAACAACAAACACAAACCCGUUUUCACCUCCGAAUUGAUCGACAUCGUUCCCCGUGUGCGACGCGAGCGCAUCAUCGACAUCUCCAACUCGCCGCUUGUGCCGGCCACGUCGCUGCGCUCCAAGCUCGAAUCGCUGCACAGGGCCGGCGAGCUGGACGGUGGUUUGCCGAUUAUCAGGAACGAUAUUCUGGUGGGCCUGAUCCCAGCCCCGGAUCUGGAGUAUGCGUUGGAUAACUUGCCGGAUGAGAGCACGGCACUUUGUUUGAUGGCGAAUGUGCCAAGUAUCGAUGACAGUGAUGACGAGGAGGGUGGGGGCAGGAGGGAUCCGACGGAUUUCACGCCUUACAUUGAUCCGGCACCAGUAGCUUUGGAUAUCCGAUCCCCUAUGGACUUGGUCUACGAGCUUUUCGUCAAGUUGGGGCUAAGGUACAUCUGUAUUUUAAGAGACGGCAAGUACGCUGGCAUGACACAUAAGAAGACCUUUGUCAAGUAUAUGCGUGAGUUGGAGGAGCAAGAGGGUAAAGAAUGAAUUUUUCCUUUUGGUUUUCAGACCACAUUUUGCUUGUCCAGACGACAUCACGCAUCUGUCUUGUUCAUUUUGAAGCGGGGAAGCAUUUAUGGAGGAGAGUAUGGAGGAGAGAGUGUGUGUGCAGAAGAAGAGAUCUGGUAGCAUUUAUCUGUACAUGGAUUUUCCCUUUGUCUAUAUUAUUUGGCAUGGCGCCCAUACCGGCAUCUCACGGUGUUUCUGGGGCGUCGAGGAGUUGACAUUCGCAUAUUAUAUUUCUUUUUUUUUUUGGCAUCUUAUCAUGGUCUCGAGAUCACCCUCUUUCGUGCUUAGAUCUAUAGAAGUUUUUAGCGUGGAUCGAUCUACCAUUCUUGGUCGCUUACAGGGUAACUUCAUACGAACAGGAACGGUCGAUCGAACAUCACUGAUGUUAAUCAGAGAAGAUGACGCUCGUGCUAUCACUUUCCUAAGUGGUACUUGAUUACACAAGUUCACGCCGUUUCCGGCUAUAUAAUUCCAACAGUCUGGGACUUUAUUUACAAUUUACACAAUGACCAUGAUCCAUUCUCUUUUCCAACGC